AUGUAUCGACAUUACCAACCAGGGAAUGCGGACGAACAGCAAUAUCAAAUCGACGCCAAUAGCCAGCCAUUCGUCUAUUCUUCUUUUCAGCAUCCCACGAACAGCAUUGAGCCUCAGUUACAGCAAACUCAGCAUCUCUCGCCUCCACGAAGAACACCUGGUCAUUCUAGGCAUACGUCGAACGAAUCGAACAUCGCACCAGGACACCACAGCAGGUCAUUGUCGCCUCAAGUCAGGAAUUCAACACCUUCGAGGAACGCUUCUUUCACACCGACUGAUCGAACGCUGCCAUCAAGACAUGUCACGGCAGACAGCAUCGUCGAGGCUUACGUUGCGUUCAUUCUCUACUGCAACCCAAACUUCUCGUUGGAUGUUGAUACGACAACGCUGCGAACCAACUUCCAGAGUCCGCCGAAGAGCGACAACAAGGACUUUGAGAUCUACCGACUCUUCGAGCUACUCCGGAAGUUCGAUGCGAAGGAGAUCAAGACGUGGGGACAACUUGCUCUCGAUCUGGGAGUAGAAGCACCUGAUGUGUCAAAGGGCCAAUCUGUUCAGAAGGUCCAGCAGUACAGCGUUCGCCUCAAACGAUGGAUGCGGGCUAUGCACGUUGACGCAUUCUUCGAAUAUCUGCUCGGGAAGAACCACGCUUACUACCAGGAAGUACCACACCCUAACGAUCCAUAUCCUCCCACUGGGCGUGACGGUGUGCUUCCGGAAGAGGACCUUGCGAUCAGAGCCUUAGAUCCAUCAUUCAGACCCAAGCGUGGAAGAAGGCGCAAUUCCGAAACAGAGCAGGACGAAGAUACACAAGCCGGAGCCCAGAACACUCAGGCCAACCAGCCACAGUCCGCAUAUCCAGCUUCCGCGUAUCCAAGCGCAAAUAUGUCGUUCAACUCAUCUGACCCAUGGGCUAAUGCUUCGGCCAUGCAGCAGCACAACUUUGGGUUUAUGGACGGGCCGCAAUCGGCAAUCGUGGCAGCUGUGCCUUCUCAUAUGCGGUGGCAGAACCCCUCUACUCCGUAUCCCAUGACUGCGCAUCCCGGGUCGAUGACCACCAACAUUGAUGCGGCCUUGAGCAACGAGCCUAAGUCGGCCAUCACACCGUCUGCUCGAAAGCGGAGGAAACAUGGACCUGCGGUGUCGAGCGCUUGGCCUUCUGGGAAUGCGCCUGGUGCGAAGCCUCGAGGUCGUCCACCUGCAAGUAGGAAUGUACAGGAUGGGCCGUUCAGCACCUUUCCUGCUGAUCCAUCUAAUGACAAGUCCAACCCGACAUUCUCGGUAUCGGUGCCAUCAGCGAGCAAGAAUGAUGCGAAUCAAGAACCAACCAUCGUACAACAACCUCCAGCGGCCCAACAACGGCAGUCGGAAGGAGGUCGACCAGGAAGGCUAUCACUGCAAGUGCCGAAACACUCCGGUGGUCCUGUGCGACUAGCGACACCGCCUCGGGUCAUGGUUACCAACGAAACCAGCGAGAGCGAGCAUUCGGCGAUGGAGAAUGCGGCAAAUUCUCGGCAGCGCAACCAAAAGGCCAUAAUGCCAGCAGAGGCUGACGUCCCGGGCUUCGCAUUCGAAGCGCUCAAGCGUGUAGUGGCCAGUGAUCUCUUGCGAGCUGAGUUGCUUGGACGUCAGCACCGACUCAAUGGAGAAGAAGCAAAGCGCCUCGCAGAUGCAGUGCUUCAACGGCUCAAUGUCCCAAGAGCAGAUAGCGACAGCCAGCAGGAUAAUCUCGCUCGCCUCACAGCAGCCUCCUGGCUGGGCGUGGGAGAACAACUGAACGUGCCGCUGGGUCCUGCGACGGGAACAAGCAAGCGACUGACCGUCACACGGUUCCGAGUCGAUGCCGACGGUUACGAAGAAGUCGUAUCCGCCUACGACAUGGACACUACCGCGUCAAGAGAAGUCUUUGAUUUGUCCUGGUCAGUCACCAUGGGCACUUGCAACGGUCUCUUCGAACUCAAAGGGCUGUCACUGGCAGAUCCUCCGCCGAAGGCAACCGAUGUGCACGAUAGAUUGUUGGACAGUUGGAUCGAGACAGCGCGGCGAGCUGGGAUUGAUGAGGAUUACGUACGCAGCGGACAGGACAAGUAUGCUGCUGAAGCUGGUUCUAUCCGCUCUAUACGCGACCCGGCUGGAGAAAACGUCGAUUGGAGGGCGAAGUACAAGAUUUUGGAGUUCGGUGCUCGAAUGGCCAAGGGCGAGUUCGCGCGGUAUCGUGAGCGGUUGGUUGAGAAGGUGCUGGAUACUAUUAUCUAA